AUGUAUUGUCGUUUUUUGCGAGCAUUCACUAAUCUUAAUUUUGGAAAACUUGAAACGGACCUUGCAGUUUUUGAAGAAAAUGAAAAUAAAAAGAAUGAACGAAAAAUUGAUGAAGACGAUGAAAUUAUUAAUAAUAUUAUUGAUGAUGAAGAUUGCCAAUGUGAAAAUUUAUGUUGUGCAAAAUUAAGACAAAAAUUGAAUCAUUUGUCCGAAAAAGUUGAUACGAUGGAAAUAUGGAUAAAAAAUGAAAUGAAAAAAAUCGACAAUCCAUUAGUAAUCAAUAAUUCUAUGAAAAAUGGAGAUUUUUUAUUGGAAGAUAAAUGGCUAGUCAAAGGCGAAUUUUUACAUAUCGCCGCUAGAGAUAGUGGCAAUAGCGACCUGGCUAACCUUUUAGAUUCGGUUUUUGGAAGAAAAAUCUUACAAAAAUACAAGUCGAUUAAAGAUCUUCCAAACGAGCUUAAAAAAGCGAUCGAUUUAUUAAUUGAGCAUUAUUCAAGGGCAAAAGUCGUUGAAAAAGGAGGAGAGUACAAUAAAAUAAAAAAUAAUGCUAAACAACGAAUAAACAAACGUUUUGACAAUUGGAAUCGGUACCAGUUGAAAAAAAAAUUGUCAGUCAAAUCACCAUCCACAUCAAAUGAUGAUUAAUUAAAUGUUGCAAUAUCAUCAUUUUUCGCUUAUUUUUUUAUUUUUUCCAGUCAUUUUUUUAAAUUUGUAAUAAC